GUUGGGCGGAAAGAAAACAGACGGUCCUUUUUUUUCUUCGGCGACAAAGUCAAAUUGAGCCAAUCAACGAUCAACGAUCACUCAAUAAUUGCAUAUAGAAGUAGUUGUGAAGCCGGAAUUACAGUAAGAAACGACAAGCUCGUCGACUGGUAUUUAGCUAUAGUGGGGGUCUCCUGUUAGAUCUUUUUCUAUCAGCAUGUUGGGACAACUCGCGCGAAGAGGGGCGACACGCGCCUCCUCAUCUCUGCGAACACCUCCAGCCUACGUUGCGGCCAGAAGGUAAGACUGGGCUACAUAUGACGUUCACGUUUGUAAGUCCACUACCUGUCCACUAUCGGAUCACCUUUGGUCCUGUUUUCAGAUAGAUUCGCCACUUCGAGAACGUAUCACUUUGAAUCUAUAAUCACCCUUCACAACUCGCCAACACAGCUUCGCAAAUAAGACCAAGCCACAAGUUGCGGGGAUGAUUCAGAAUUACCACGACCAGCUUCUCGGAACGAAUUGGGGAGACUACCUCGAGCUGGUACAAACAGUUAACUAGCAGCCUUUUGAACCAACAUAAUAAACUUAGAAGUCGGCAUAUGACGAAUGGUUUGAAACGUGCUCUUCCUUUGCUUUUCAAAAUUCUUAGGUCCACAACGAGCCUUUUUUGGCGGCACAAAUGGCGGAAAUUAAGGACGAGGUGGGACCAUACAAGGACGACCCAGAGCUUGGACCGAAGUACGCCUAUAUCCAGAAGGCAACGGAUGCAAUGUUUGCGUACUUAUGGGUUUUUCGUAAUGUUGGUUUUCGUAUCUUUUGUCUAAUCAAUGUUAGAAGUACCUCUCCCGUUCCCUCUUGGAUCUUGAUGGAACUGCAUACAACAAUCGCUGCUUCUGCUGCUAUGUAUACCGUUUGAUGAUAGGUAAAUCCUGAUUGAUGAUUCUCUCAUCACGCAGGUGCGAGGAUGUCAGGGAUCAUGUCAACGAAAUUUUGGAGCUCAUGACUAGGAAAACGGGAGUGCUUGGUAUGGGAAUUAAUGCAGGCGAACCAAUAGAAAACAUUCCGGAGCAGGCGGAGAUGCUCAGUAUUUCUCAAUGAGAAUUUUUUUUCUGUUCAGUAUCAAUUCAUUAUAUAUUGUGCAGCAGUUGAUGUAUUCAUUUACUUAAAGUUACAAAGGCUCACGCGUCUGAGCCUCUGAAUCUGAAAAGUCAUGCUUUGCUUCCCUCUGACACUGAAUUGGAAAUCUCCACAGAUACGGCAUACGAACGACUGUUAGCAGAUUAUCCGGACAUGAAGCCGAAAAUUGAGCAGAGCGUAGGGCACGGCUUGGCUAUUUUGCGAAUGAAGCACAAAUUCCCAUUCAAGGGAGGGCACCGAUUCUUUUACUAAAAGCACGGUUGCCGCAGGAAGAUCUCAUAGCUUCUUCGUUGUUUUCACUGACGAGGAGUCCGCUACAUCAAAAAAGUAGCAUGGUCAUUCGUGUUUACAUACUACUCUCCUGCUUACAUCAUGUUGCCAUUAUUAUUAAGGCUGACGCUGACAAGGCCUACUCCUGCAUUGAUCAUGCAUUGUUUCUACUCGCAAGGCAUCUUGUCCUUCACUGAAGCCUGCUUCGAUGUGGAGGAAUUGGCUGAAGAAGACAAGAUGAAUAGCACCAAGCAAUGUUGACAGACGCGCAUCUAUUAUCCUUUUUCAAAAAUCGUUGCAUUUUCCUCAUAAUUUUUUCCAAAGAAACAUACAAAGAAAACAGUUGUAACGAAAUGGAGAGUCCGAGCUAAUCGGGUACUGAGACCUCGAUUCCGGAUUCACAUCAAAAAGUCGCCUCCCAAAUGUGAAGUUUCCGCUGAAAAUCUUUUGAAAGCAUCGAUCGUGCUUAAAUAAUGAGUUCUUGUCUUCCUCUGAUUCGCACACCCACGGCAAAGAUGAGACUCUUGUGCCUAGCUGGAGCACAGAAGUGUGAACAUCUGACAGCGUUAAAACAAAUCAGGGUACUCG